AAAAUACAAUAUCCAUUAGUAGCCAAUCCCAUCUCAUGGCCACCAUUCUCUCUCCAUCAGCUCGCCUCUCCUCCUCCACCACCGCCCAAAAGCCACCGCAGAUCCCGCCACCACCCAAAACCCACCUCCCUAUACCACCUCACAAACCCCUCUUAACAACAGCACUAACUGCCGCUAUUGCUGCCACUACAAUAUUAACCACCGCUGGUCCUUCCCUCGCGGACCCAGCACAAACCUAUCACAUCUAUUACGGCACCGCAGCCAGCGCGGCCAAUUACGGUGGAUAUGGAGGGAACUCUGACAAGAAAGCGUCAGCUGAGUACAUCUACGAUGUCCCUGACGGAUGGAAAGAACGCCUAGUCUCCAAAGUUGAAAAGGGUACAAAUGGAACCGAUAGCGAGUUCUACAAUCCAAAGAAGAGGACUGAAAAAGAAUACUUGACAUUUCUUGCUGGAUUCAGACAGCUAGCUCCCAAAGAUAUGGUACUAAACAAUUUGGCCUUGUCUGAUGUGGAUUUGCAAGACUUGAUAUCUGGAGCAGAUAGUGUGAAGAGUGAAGAGAAGAAAGAUGAAGAUGGGCAAUUGUAUUAUGUGUAUGAAAUUGAUGGGAUUGGGAAACAUAGCUUGAUUAAGGUAACUUGUGCUAAGAAUAAGUUAUAUGCUCAUUUUGUUAAUGCACCAACUCCUGAGUGGAAUAAGGAUGAAGAGACUUUGAGGCAUCUCCAUGAUUCAUUUAAGACUGUUGGGUCCUUUUAGGGACAAAGUAGUUUUUUUUUUCUUGUUGUAAUGAGAUGAGUUGAAGCUUUAUUGCUUGUUUUGAGUGUUCUUGAUCAUCAAGUAUAUCUAUGUAGAGGAAGAUUUCUGUACUAAAUGAAGCUUUUGAUUUAGCCUUUUCCUCAA